UCGGUUUUGCUUCUCUUCUGGGGACCGUUUCCGAGAACUGCCGGCCCCGGGCCGUGUGCAGGACCCGGUGGGGGAGGCCGGGGAGGAGGCUGAUAAACAAAAUCCAGAGGGCGCGACGGGAAACGCCUGCGGGCGGAGCCCCUUGGCCCCCAACCAAAACCUAAAUAAGUUCCCAUCCCUUGCAAUCGCUCCGCUUCCCCGGGAAACAGUUUCAGUCACCCAAGCAGGGGGGCGACUCUCUCCUUUAAGGACCGCUUUAGGCGAUGGGGUGGCCUUACCGGAUUCCACCCCAUACGCCCUGCUCUGUUCAGCGGAUUCCUCUCCUCCUCGAGGCCACUGGGGUCUCCCCAAGCCAAGAAUUCAUUCAAAACAACUCUCGAGGUAUAACCAAAUUUUGUUUCAGUUUUUAUAUUAAAAGAGCCAAAAAGAAAAAAAAAUUUCGCUCUCUUGCGCCAAGGGCCCCUGCCCCGCCCACCGGUGCCCUUCUCGCUGCAGAUAGACAAACAGCCACAGAUAGACAGUCUCCCGGGGAAGCCUGAGGGAGGUGCCCAGGCCUGCCCCCAGCACCCAAAACCACCCCCGGCAGAGGAGACCCUGCGAGAAGCCUGGUGCUGACUGGCCUCUGCGCACCCCAGGUCCUGGGUGGGGGUGGUGCUGCCUGGGGGGGCGCCCCCUUCCCAGCCGCAGAGCACCCCGGGAGGCGCUGGGGCCCCAGCCGGGCGUCCUGAACAUCUGCCUCCACUAGCUGGGUUAGUGGUCACCCCGCCCCGGACCAUUCUGCAGGAGGGGACACGGAACCUCAGGGAGUGGGGCCUUGCUAGGGUCCCCAGCAGCGAGAAGGGCGCCCGGGUGCGAGGACGCUGCAGGGGGACCCCCUUCGGAGCCGGCCCGGGCUGCAGGACCCCCGCUCCGCUUCGUGCCCACUCAGCCUCGGUGGGCCCCUGGGCAGAGGGUGGAGGGUCAGGACAAGCUGCAGGGACAGGACCCCAGGGGGAGGGAGCACAAAGGGAGGGUGCCCUGGGGAGCGGGGUCCCCACCCCCACUCAGCCCCUCCCUGCUCUCUGCAAAGCUGACCCGGGCAGGAAGUGGGGGCGGGGCCCUCGGGGGGGGUGGAAGCCCCCUGCCUGCCGCCCUCAGCUCCCCAGCCCUGGGCCCUGCAGGAAGGAGGGCUGAGGCCAGGGGACAGGUGGCCCCACCAUGAGCCUCUCUAAGACAGAGGACUCCGAGCCGCCGCUCAGGUUCGUGAACAGCAGAGACGAGAUCACAGGGGACGAGUAUGACGGAACCCAGAGGGUGCAGAUGAGCUGCGGGCACGGCGUGGACCCCGGCAGUCUGACGGCCUGGUGCCGCAGCCUCAUCGACCAGGACAGAGACCCCCAGACGUGCCCUGUGUCCUGCCGUCCUUUCCAGGGCCGCUUCAAGCUCCACUGCCCUGCCGAUGUCAACGGGGGCAAGUGUGAGGCCGAGUGGUCCUACCCGGAGGUGCGCCGCUGUGCCCUGCUGGACGACGCAGAGCAGGGAGAGUUUGAGCGGAAACUGGCCCUGACUGCGGCGAGACUCUACUGUGACUUUAAGGAGUGCCCGCGCUGCAAGAGCCUGGUGGAGCGCAAGGACCUGAGCCACCUCCGGGUGCUGUGCACGAUCUGCUCCGCCUCGCAGGGGAAGACCUACGAGUUCUGCUGGCAGUGCCUGCGGGCCUGGAAGGGGUCGGGCACGCCCUCUGACCACUGCGCCAACCAGGGCUGCACGGACCCCAACCUGCAGGUCCUGGCCACCUGCGUCACCAAGGACCUCCCUGGCAGCGAGAUCCGAGGCUGCCCGUCCACCCGGGCCUGCCCCACCUGCGGGCUGCUCAUCGAGCACAAGGACAAGUGCAAGUACGUGCUGUGCGCCCGCUGCCACGUGGAGUUCUGCUUCGCCUGCCUGGACGCGGCAUCCACCUGCAAGGCCGCCAAGGGUGGGGCCUGGUACCAGUGGUGCGCCAAGCCCCUGGCCCCACGGCAGACCCGCAUCCCCGUGUGGAGCCGACAAGAACAGACACAGUUACCCCAGGCUUUCAGAGGGAUGUGCCGACCAUCGUGACAUUCCUGUGCCCAGAACCCCUCCUCUGGCCGAGGCCUGCAUGGUCAUCCCCUUCUCUGUGCAAAUGACUCUUUUGGAAACAGGACUGCAGAGAUUACUGACAGGAGCACACGAGCCCUGCAGAUGCCCUUCUUGGGAGAGCCUGGGGACAGGCGGGAGCGGCACGUUGGUGGGUGUGGGGUGCACAGGGGUCUGGUAGCUCCUGGCUCCGACAGACGGAAACUGCAGGACAGUAGACCCAGGGCACAGGAGGCUGCCGGCUGCCCGGCUGGCAGAUGAGAGGAGGGUGGAUGGAAGGAAGGACGGCCGGGGUGACAGGUGGGCACACAGGUGCGGCAUGAGUGGUUGAUGCUGCUGAUGGUAGGUACAUGGAGACACGGGGGAGUAGGUUGAGGCUCUUCUGUAGCCCAGGAAAGGCCCUGUUCUUUUCAUCUGUCUGUGGGUGGGGCCUUUUUAUUAGGUUAUUUCAUUUGAGAUGUGACCCACCCGUUCAAGGUGGGUCUUGAUCCCCUUGCUGGAUUCCUUUAUAAGAGGACAAAAGAGAGACAGAAGCAAAAAGAGAAAAACACCCAAAGAAGUUUACAGAAAAACCAGAGACAGAGAAUCCAGAAGGUGAAGCAACGAAACCCGCGAGAGAAGGAUGAGUAGACGUCGCCGUGUGCUUUGCUGUCUCACAGAGGAGCCCAAGCUCCCUGGUAAACAGUCUUCAGGGAAGCCAUCGUCCUGUUGAUGCCUUAAUUGGGACAUUUUCAUGGCCUUAGAGCUAUAAAUUUGUAACCUGAUAAAUCCCCAUUGUUAAAAGCCAA